AUGACAGUGUCAGAGCCUACCGAUGUACCACGUCAACACGUUCGCGUGGCCGUCAUACAAGCUGAGCCAAAAUGGCUCGAUCUGCAAGGCUCCGUCGAAAAGACUUGCGCUCUAAUUGCCGACGCAGCUAAAAAUGGCGCUCAGUUACUCGCCUUUCCCGAGUGCUGGGUCACCGGAUAUCCUGCUUGGAUUUGGACGCGACCAUUGGACCCAGACCUGACUUGCCGGUACAUCAAGAAUUCUCUCCGCACUGAUGGACCAGAGAUGACCAAAAUUCAACAAUGUGCCGCGGAUAACAACAUUGUAGUUGUACUCGGGUUCUCGGAGAACUCACACAACAAUUUGUAUAUCUCACAAGCAACUAUCAACUCCAAUGGUGAGAUCCUAGCGCUUCGACGCAAGAUCAAGGCUACUCACAUGGAGAGAACCAUUUUUGGUGAUGCUUCUGGGGAUGCCCUUACCAGUGUUGUUGAUACUGGGAUUGGCCGCGUAGGAGCGCUGUCUUGCUGGGAACAUACUCAGCCUUUGCUGAAGUAUUAUAUCUACAGUCAUCGUGAGCAAAUUCACGUUGCUGCGUGGCCGCCGCUAUAUCUUUAUAAGGGUGAACAGGAGCUAUGGUCUAUGAGUAAACAAGGUUGUAGGUCAUUGUCUCAAGUAUAUGCCAUUGAAUCUCAGGCCUUUGUGCUCCAUGCAACAUCCGUCAUGAGUGAACAGGGAAUAAAAUUGAUGGGCACCGAUGGCGGCGCUAUCAUGAAUGCCCCUGGAGGUGGUAGCUCGGCUAUCUUUGGUCCUGAUGGACGGAUCAUAACAGAGGAUCUUCCAGAAACCGAGGAGGGUAUUCUGUACGCCACACUGGAUAUGGAUGAGAUUCUGAAGAGCAAAAGUUUCAUUGACGUCUGUGGCCACUACAGCAGGCCUGACAUGCUUUGGCUUGGUGUUGAUAAGGAGGUUAAGAAGCAUAUUUCACACAAGGAAUAG